GGAUAUCUGUAGACAGUUUGAGAUUGCCGCCCAUGACUACAGCAGGACAGACGUCUCGCGAGUAGGUUUGGCGCAUCGUUGGAGUGCAGUGUCAGAGUCCCAGAAUGAAGGAUCAGCCCUUCGAGGACCAUGGAGAAAUAUGAGAAGGUGAAGAAAAUUGGAGAAGGCUCUUUUGGGAAAGCGUUCCUGGUGAAGUCCAAGGAAGAUGGCCGGCAGUUUGUCAUCAAGGAGAUCGGCAUCUCCAGGAUGUCAAACAAAGAGAGGCAGGAGUCGCGAAAAGAAGUGGCUGUCCUUGCCAACAUGAGCCACCCCAACAUCGUCCAGUAUAAGGAGUCCUUUGAAGAGAGUGGCUGCUUGUAUAUAGUGAUGGACUACUGUGAGGGAGGAGACCUGUUUAAGAAGAUAAACUCUCAGAAAGGGGUUCUCUUUCCAGAGGAGCAGAUUCUGGACUGGCUUGUGCAAAUCUGCCUGGCACUGAAGCACGUGCACGACCGCAAAAUUCUCCACAGAGACAUCAAGUCACAGAACAUCUUCCUGACCAAAGAUGGCACUGUACAGCUGGGGGACUUUGGGAUCGCCAGAGUGCUGAACAGCACUGUGGAGUUGGCCAGAACAUGCAUUGGGACCCCCUACUAUCUCUCACCAGAGAUUUGCGAGAACAAACCCUACAAUAACAAGAGUGACAUUUGGGCCUUAGGGUGUGUCCUGUACGAAAUGUGCACGCUUAAGCAUGCAUUUGAAGCAGGGAACAUGAAGAACUUGGUUCUGAAGAUCAUCCGUGGUUCCUACCCCCCGGUCUCCAUGCAUUACUCCCAGGACCUGCGCUGUCUGCUGGGCCUUCUGUUCCGACGAAACCCCCGGGAGAGACCGUCUGUCUGCACUAUCCUGGACAAGUCAUUCCUCUCACGCAGGAUACACAAGUUUCUCACACCACAGCUCAUUGCUCAGGAAUUCAGCCAUGCCGCUAUCCUCAAGUCACCCAAACCGUCGGUGGCACACAGUCAAGCAGCCAAGCGCCCAGCCUCUGGUCCAGCCGCUGUGUCCCCCGCCCAGAAGAUUACCAAACCAGCUGCCAAAUACGGAGUGCCUUUGAACGGCAGGAGAGCCUCGGACGUGGCACGCCGGCCAGCCGAAGCUGCCAAGAGGCCCGUCGAGAGGAAGCCUCUGCCCAAACCUAAACAGGCCCCUCCCCCAGCAGUGCCUCAGAGGAGAGUGAGUCGCAUUGAGGAGGAGAGAAAGAAGUCUGAGGAAGCGGCGCGGAAGAAGAGACUGGAUAUGAUGGAGAGGGAGCGGAAGCAGAGAGAACAGAUGUUUCUGCUAAAAGCUGCCCAAUUGAGAAGAUUCGAAAAGGAAAAGCUGAACCGCAUCAAUAGAGCACGUGAGCAAGGGUGGAGGCAUGUCCUCAGCUCCAGCGGAGGAAGCAGUCCUGAACGAAAGUUCUAUGGUGGCGGGGGCAUGGUGGGCCCCUCAGCUGCCCAGGCUCCAGCCCAGCCCCCAAACAGGUACGAGCACUACCUGUCCGCCCUGGACCAGCUGGCCAAGCCUCAGGACGGAGCCAAGGCAGCCGGAGAUGUGCUUGCUCGGGGUGGCCAGGGUGCAGGUGCCCUAGCACAGCCAAAUGGCCCGUCAGCCCCGGCAGAGGGAGAGCCCAUGAAGAUGGACCAAGCCAAGCUGGAGCAGGUCUCCAGACACGACAACAACAACAACAACAGGCUGCGUGGGCAGGUGCCAGCGCAGAGGGCCUUCCAGGUGGAGGAGUUCCUGCAGAGGAAGAGGGAGGCCAUGCUCAAUAAAGUGCGAGCCGAAGGACAGCUGGGCACGCGUCACCACUGGCCGGCUAUCUUUGGGAGCCGAUCCGGCUCCAUACGUUGCAGGAGACCCCGGGUCAACAAGGAGGAGGAGGAGUACCUGUCUCGGCUCAGGCAGAUCAGGCUGCAGAACUUCAACGAGCGGCAGCAGAUUAAAGCUCGCUUGAGAGGAGAGAAGUAUGACAGUGAUGGGUCUGACAGCCACGAGUCAAGCGAGGAGGCAGAGCUGAGGAAGAGGAAGAUCGAGGCCCUGAAGGCCCAGGCCAAUGCCCGUGCUGCGGUGAUAAAGGAGCAGCUGGAGAAGAAGAGAAGGGAGGCCUACGAGAGGGAGAAGAAGGCCUGGGAGGACCAUCUCGUUGCUCGAGGAGUGAAAAUGACGGUAGGAGCAGCGGUAGCCUCGCCAGCUCUCCCUGACCCCCCUCCCCAGCAGCAGCCAGCUCCCGCUCCUGCUCCCGCUCCAUCCCCCACCCCUCCGGCCUCUCCAGCGCCCUCCCCCAAACCCACCGUCCCAGCCAUCUCCAUGACCGCUGCCCUCAAGGACGUCGGAGCGUUGGCAUCCGGACAGAAUUCUCCCAUGAAGGUGGAAUCCCCAAAGACGGAGGCACCUAUUGCCCAGAGUGAGAAAAAGGAGAUCCUGCGGCGCCUAAACGAGAGCCUGAGGGCCCAGAGCCAACAACUGCCCGACAAGAGCGAGCUGGCCAAUAGUGUGGCGCCUGAGGGGCCCAGUCCCACCCCCCUGCCACUGAACCAGCCAAUGGCGGAGGAGGAGCGGCCAGCCACGGGGGGAGACCGCAAGAGAUGGGAGGCCGGAGCCCCGCCCGUGUUCCCUGUCGCUCAGCAGACGCUAGACGAGGCCUCCCUCGCCUCACCUGCAUCGCAGUGUGUUUCACCGGAGGAGAGGCUGCCCUCUGGUGGAGACAGGAGGAAGUGGGAGAUGGCCGCCCCUCCCUUUCUCCCUGUGGCCCAGCAGACACUGGAGGAGACCAGCAUCACAACGCCAGAGCAAACGGCAGGUGAGGUGAUCCGUCUGGAGCCAUGGGGCCAGGACCAGCAGGGGCAGGGGCAGGUGCUGAGUCCCAGGAGAGGCUGGAGGCAGAGCCCAGACUCUCAGGUCAUAGAGGCCCUGCAAGAGGCCCAGCUACAGCCUCUGACACAGCUCAUGGGCAACACCAGCAUCUCUGAUAGGCCAGUUACAGACAGCCUUCCACCCUCAGUGUUGCCUUCUCCUGGGCAAGAAGGGGUCAAACCAGCACCACAGGCACAGCCAAGCCCACCGGCCCCUCACACACAAGCAGAACCAGGAGAGCCAAUCACAUCGGAGGUCAAAGGACAGGGGGAAGUCCUGCAACUUGAGGACAUAAAACUGGUGACCAAGUCUGAGGAAGAUGAUGAGCUUGAGUCUCUGGUGCUGGAGGAGGGGCUCCAGUGGGCUGUAAAUCGCCCCAGCGAGGCGUUCCAAGCCUGGGGUGCAGAAGCUUCACUGGCUGGGCCACCAGGGGGCAAAGUCAGCCCACACAUGCCGAAGAAGGAACAGGAGCAGGAGCAGGCUGAGAGAGUGGAGAAGCCAGCAGAGCCAACAGUACAUGUGCCUCCAAGUGAGGAGCCCCUGUUCAUGCGGCUGUGUAGUCCUGCCCAUCGGCGUGCGGUGGCCUUGUCCAUGAUGUCUGCCCAGUCGUCCUUUGAGGACUCCUCAUCCUCUGUGGCGUCCCGCUCGCGCUCCGUGUCCCCCAUGCGUGGCAAGCACCAGGACUCCCUCCUAAUCGGCCUCUCCACGGGCCUCUUCGAUGCCAACAACCCCAAGAUGCUGCGCACGUGCUCCCUGCCGGACCUCAGCAAGCUCUUCAAGAGCGGCGAGCCCGACGAUGCGGCCGUCGCCGGGGGACAGGGCACCGUUGCCCCUGACAACAACAACUUGGAGAUAGAGGACCUGGAGGAGAACGGCAAGGCGGACGAGCAGUCGGAACCUGAGGACGAUGCUUAUGAAGACGAGGAAGAAGACCUGCGUGAGCUGCGUGCCUCAAUGGAGAGACUCCUGCAGGACAACAGCCAGAGCGAAGAGGAAGAUGAGGAUGAGGAAGAAGAGGACGAGCCAUCCAAUGGUAGCCCAGUCGAUGAGGAAGACGGCUGCCUCAAUGGGGUAGAUGGCAGAGGCGGCGCAGAGAAAGCCAGCCUGCCUGGAAGCCCCGAUGAGGAGGAGGAGGAGGAAGGUGUGGAUGGAGUGUAUGCUGAGGCUACAGACAAGGAGGAGGAGGAGGAGGAAGAGGAGGAUGAGGAGGAAGGAGCUUCACCGUCCAGCAGCAGCCCUGAUGAAGAACCCAUGGGACCACUCACCAACGGGGUGGGAGAGGGAGAGGUGGAGGGAGAGGAGAGGAUGGAGGAAGGGGAGGAAGGAGAGGAGCGCCACAGUAGCGAUGGUGACCAGCUGAAUGAAGAGUGGCAGUCAGAUGACAGUGGCGAGGAGGAGGCUGAUGAGCUGGAGCAGCAGGACAGCAUCUUCAGCCGGCUGGAGGAGCUGCGCUUCCAGCUGGAGCAGGAGAUGGGCUUUGAAGCCUUCAUACAGGCCUACAACAAGAUCAAGGCUAUUCACGAGGACGAGGAUGAGAACAUCGACAUGGGCCCCAGCAUGCUGCAAAGCAUCCUGGGAACGGAACACCAGCACCUUUACCCCAAGAUCCUCCACCUGGUCAUGGCUGAUGGAGCGUACCAAGAAGAUAAUGAUGAAUAGAAGCUAUUCAUCCACCCGGGCUGGCAGCUUCAGACAAUCUGCUGGCAGACUGAUGUCUUCCCAGGAUGCACUUGAGGGGGUUGUCUGCACAUCGGAGG